AGCCCGUCCCGACCGGGGUGAGUCACUGCAGUCUGCAACUCCUCCAUCCUCUCGCUCGCUCACUCACUCGCUCACGCUGGCGGCGGCCACUGCCUUCACCCGGCGGCACCGCGUCCCCGUCCCGUCCCGUCCCGUCCCCCCCGGACUCGCCCCUUCCCCGGCCUCGCCCGCUGCCUUGGGGUCUGAGCUUCUGGUAAACACGUUGACCUGUUAAAGGACAUGAUUCAGACUGUCCCAGAUCCAGCAGCUCACAUCAAGGAAGCAUUAUCAGUGGUGAGCGAAGACCAGUCCUUGUUUGAGUGUGCGUACGGAUCGCCCCAUCUUGCGAAGACAGAGAUGACCGCCUCCUCUUCCAGUGAAUAUGGGCAGACAUCAAAGAUGAGUCCACGUGUUCCCCAGCAAGACUGGUUAUCGCAGCCCCCAGCCAGAGUCACCAUCAAGAUGGAAUGUAACCCAAAUCAGGUUAACGGGUCAAGGAAUUCUCCCGAUGACUGCAGCGUGGCAAAAGGAGGGAAAAUGGUUAGCAGCUCAGACAAUGUUGGAAUGAACUAUGGAAGCUACAUGGAAGAGAAGCACGUUCCACCCCCGAAUAUGACUACCAAUGAACGAAGAGUUAUUGUGCCAGCAGAUCCUACAUUAUGGAGCACAGACCACGUACGCCAAUGGCUGGAAUGGGCAGUGAAGGAGUAUGGUCUUCCAGACGUGGACAUCUUGUUGUUCCAGAACAUUGAUGGGAAGGAGCUAUGUAAAAUGACCAAAGAUGACUUCCAGAGACUCACUCCGAGCUAUAACGCAGAUAUCCUCCUGUCACACCUACACUACCUCAGAGAGACUCCUCUUCCACAUUUGACUUCAGAUGAUGUUGAUAAGGCCUUACAAAACUCUCCACGGUUAAUGCAUGCUAGAAACACAGGAGGUGCCACUUUUAUUUUUCCAAAUACGUCGGUUUAUCCAGAAGCAACACAAAGAAUUACAACCAGGCCAGAUUUGCCUUAUGAGCAAGCCAGGAGAUCAGCAUGGACAAGUCACAGCCACCCCACUCCUCAGUCAAAAGCUGCUCAGCCAUCAUCCUCAACAGUGCCCAAAACAGAAGACCAGCGUCCUCAAUUAGAUCCUUAUCAGAUUCUUGGACCAACCAGCAGCCGUCUUGCAAAUCCAGGGAGCGGACAGAUACAGCUAUGGCAGUUCCUGCUGGAGCUCCUCUCGGACAGCUCCAACUCCAAUUGCAUCACCUGGGAGGGCACCAACGGGGAGUUCAAGAUGACCGACCCCGACGAGGUGGCUCGGCGCUGGGGGGAACGGAAAAGCAAGCCUAACAUGAACUAUGACAAACUCAGCCGAGCGCUGCGCUAUUACUAUGAUAAAAAUAUUAUGACUAAAGUCCACGGUAAGCGCUACGCCUACAAAUUUGACUUCCAUGGAAUUGCUCAGGCCCUCCAGCCUCACCCUCCAGAAUCAUCCAUGUACAAAUACCCAUCAGACCUCCCCUACAUGAGCUCCUAUCACACACACCCUCAGAAGAUGAACUUUGUAGCUCCCCAUCCCCCUGCCUUGCCUGUAACCUCGUCCAGCUUUUUCGCUGCCCCUAAUCCAUACUGGAAUUCACCAACUGGAGGUAUCUACCCCAAUACCAGGCUGCCAGCUGCUCACAUGCCUUCUCAUCUUGGCACCUACUACUAAGUGGGGGGAAAAAAAGAAUGCCAGAAAAAGCAAACAAAGAGACUUCUCAGAGGGAUACAGUCCCCAAUGAAUUGCAAUGAACUCUAUUGGAGUACACGACUUUAAAGUGCCUAAAGAGACAAGUGAAGGUUUGGCUGGGAAAAAACAAGUUAAAAAAAAGAUGUCAAAAAGACUCUUUGUAGUGUGGAUUUAAAGGAGAUAUUUCAGAAGUAUAAAGAUACUAAAAUGUAAUGUAUAUGGGUGUCGACUCUGUGGACCAAAAAACAAUAGACUAUUGUAGGUAAAAGCAUGAAAUGGUAAGGAAAACCUACGAAAGCUAGUGGUCUUAAAAAGUUGAUAAGCUUAUGUGUAAAGUUUGAUAUCUUGCUAAUGCAAAACUGGGACUAUACUACAGCAAUAUAAGGAUAAGUCUAUAGUGACCUAACAUACAAUAUAACAAUCAUUACAAAAGAGGGAAAAAAAGGAAAAAAAAACCCUACCUGUAUUUAAAAAAUAGAAACAUAUCAACAAAAGAGACUGGUUUAGCACGGAAGCUGAUUUCGAAUAUAAAAGGCAUUGUUUUGGUUAAAAUCAAAUGUGUUCCAUUCAUUGGAGAGUUAUCAGCUACUCAAACUGUGAAGACAACCCAAACUCUUAAGAUUCCUUGACAGUAUUAUCAGAACCCUGAGCCAAACAUUGGAAAUGAGAAUGUGCUGAAGGGCAAGUGCGUGAUUGUAGAUCAAAGGCCUGCACCUGAUAGAUGAAGCAGAAAGGAAAAAGAGAAGGAUGAAGGUGGUUAGAAUGGGAGAAAAGGAACUUCUUUACUAGUAGAGACUGAAGAGACUGAAAACUUAGCAUUGUUGGGACUAUGAAGAAAUACUUGUUUGGACUUGUGAAACAUUUUGCUCAGUAUUAUACCAUUCCCAGUAUUACAGGAGGAACAGACUUGAUUUUAUAGUAAUAAAAAAAGUGGAAAAAAGGAAAAACAGAAAAAUUCAGAAAUCAGAAUAUGCAUCUCUUGAAAAACAAAAAAAGUGAAACUGGAAUUGUGUUUGAUAUUUAAAAAUUACCAGUUAGAACCUCAUCAUUAUUAAGGGAGUUUGUUUUCUAUUGGUUAAGGUAAGAGACAACCCUUGACUGCCAAAAUCAGAAAUCGUCUAAGUAUUUUUGCUAGGCGGGCGCCAGUUUUUCUUUAUUGAGUCGCGAACGCUGUGCGUUUGUCAGAAUGAAGUAUACAAGUCAAUGUUAUUUUUUCCUUUUUAUAUAAUUAUUAUAUAACUUAUGCAUUUAUACACUACGAGUUGAUCUCGGCCAACCAAAGACACAAAAAAGGGACAAUCAAAAAUAUUGUGGCCUUGAAUUUUAACUCUGUAUGCUUAAUGUUUACAUUAUGAACGUAUUAGUACUUAGAAUGCAGAAUGUAUGUAAUAAAAUAAGCUUGGCCUAGCAUGGCAAUUCAGAUUGACA